UUGUGUGUUCAAAGGUCGAGGCUCUCUGCUAUUUCAAGGUUGUUCUCGAGAACUCGUACUUUGCUUUUGUGUUCUGUAUGAUCAACAGUUUCUCGGUAGUAACGCUCAUUGUUCGUAAAAUAUUCAGGGUAAAGAAUCGUAGAGAAAGAGGAUAUGAACAAAGUAAAAUCGAUGGCUAGUCGCCAACAAAACAGACAAAUUAGAUACGGUAUUACAGAACCUAUCUCUUUAGUAGGACCAACGGAGCUUGACGUUAUCAAGACAAAAGCCCUAGAGAACUACUUGCAAGACGCUGGAUUAUACGAAAGCAACGAGGAAGCUCUUAGAAGAGAAGAAGUUCUUGGGAGACUAGACGAGAUUGUCAAAACAUGGAUUAAAAAAAUAAGCCGUGACAAAGGGUUAAGCGAUGAGACGGUUGAACAAGCGAACGCCAAGAUAUUCACCUUCGGUUCUUAUAGGUUAAAAGUACAUGGACCUGGUGCUGAUAUCGACACUCUAUGCGUUGGUCCAAGAUACGCUACAAGAGAGAAUGGUUUCUUUGGAGAGUUACAUAGAAUGCUUUCGGAGUUGCCUGAAGUGACAGAGCUCCACUCUGUGCCUGAUGCUUAUGUUCCUUUAAUGGGUUUCAAACUUAAUGGUGUCUCUAUUGAUCUCCUCUACGCAAAGCUCCCUUUGUGGAUUAUCCCCGAGGACUUGGAUCUAUCGCAAGAUUCUAUUCUACAGAACGCUGAUGAGCAAACUGUUCGAAGCCUCAACGGUUGUAGAGUUACUGACAAGAUCUUUCGUCUGGUUCCUAACAUUCAGAGUUUCAGGACGACGUUGAGAUGCAUUAGGUUUUGGGCUAAGAAGCGUGGUGUAUACUCUAACGUAUCUGGCUUUCUUGGUGGUAUAAACUGGGCGUUGCUUGUAGCUAGGAUCUGUCAGCUUUAUCCUAACGCAUCACCAAACAUGUUGGUGUCUCGGUUCUUUAGAGUCUACACUCAAUGGCGUUGGCCCAAUCCUAUUCUUCUUUGCUCUAUAGAUGAAGACGAAGGAUCAUCAUUAGGUCUUCAAGUUUGGGAUCCUAGAAGAAACCCUAAAGACUUGCUGCACAAGAUGCCUAUCAUUACUCCUGCUUAUCCUUGUAUGAACUCAAGUUACAACGUCUCCGCGAGUACACUGAGGAUUAUGACAGGAGAGUUUCAGAGAGGGAGAGAUGUAUGCGCGGCUAUGGAAGCUGAACAAUGGGAUACUCUUUUUGAGCCGUUUGGGUUCUUUGAAGCGUAUAAGAACUAUCUUCAGAUCAACAUCUCUGCUUCUAACGUGGAGGAUUUGAAAAAGUGGAGAGGAUGGGUUGAGUCACGUUUCAGACAGCUUACGUUGGUGAUUGAGAGACAUACUUACGACAUGCUUCAGUGCCACCCUCAUCCACAUGGCUUCCAAGACGAUUCAAGACCGCUACAGUGUUCUCUAUUCAUGGGUCUGCAACGUAAAGAGGGAGUGGAAGCAGGAGGAGGCGAGCCGUUUGAUAUCAGAAGAACCAUUGAGGAGUUUAAACAAACUGUUUACGGUUAUAUGUUGUGGGUUCAUGGGAUGGAGGUUAGUGUCAGCCAUGUAAUGAGAAGAAGCAUACCGAGCUUUGUGUUUCCUUGUGGAGUUAGACCUUUGGGUAACUUGAAAAGAACGAGGGAUAGCAAAAGCAGUUCAGAGCAAAGAGUUUCUUCUACAGUGAGUUCAUCAUCUACUAUUACUAGUUGUGAAAGAAGAGGUGGGAAGAAGAGAAAGUUGGGAGGUGAUGAGACACUCACCGAUCAGUUAAGGAACUCAAAACGUGUUGCAGUUUCAGUGCAUGUAGAGAAUGGUGAAGACGGGAGCCCAAACUCAUCUGCUGGAUCUAUUUGUUCAGCUCCUAUGAAAGUAGGAGAGAGUCAUCCAGUAGAGAAGAUAGACAUUCCUCAGGAUUCUCAUAGUCAAGAAAGUGAGGAGGUUGAAGACAACUUUGGUUUCAGAAAUCAAGUUUCAAGUAAAGAUGCAUUCUCCAAAGGAGCAGUGGAAGUGGAAGAACUCGAAGAUGUUCCAAUGCAACGGCCCGUGGUGAUGCCCAAAGCUUCAGUGCAACUGCGGAAACCGAUAAUCAAGUUGAACUUCACGUCUCUAAGCAUGACCAAUGCCAAGAAUCUUAGAGCUUGUUGAAAUGGGAGGUGUCAUGUUGAAGACUUUCUUCUUAUGUUUUUGUUUAUGGAAGAAUUUUGUAUAAAAUGGUUUACAUUGAUAGAUGUUGAAAGCAAAUUCUUAAAUACUCUUUAGUUCCAUGUAAAAACUCGUUUGUAUCAGAAUCACAAAGAUAUAUUUGGUAAUAAGAAAAGAAGUUAAAAUCA